AUGCAUUAAAACUCAAAGUAUAUACUGGUUUCGUGUUCACCGCGAUUGGACUGCAUCAUAUUCGACAAUAUUGACUUAAGUGUGGAAAAACAUGGCAUUAAUCUAAUUGGCCGUCAUUGUCCGCUUCAGUUCCAUUCCUAGAGUAAAGAUUUACUAAAUGGCGGAAGCGUUUUUCGGAGAGGCUUUUCGAGCAAGUGCUUCGUUCACUGGCGGAAAAUUUGUGAUAGCUAUCGGCACUGACAAUGUAGAAGUUGCCAAAGAAGUGUGCAGAACUGCCGGUAAAGUAGCAUUAGGUCUAGGCGCUCUGUAUGCUGGUUAUAAUUUGGUUAAGCAAUUAAUCGACAGCGCGUUCACAAGAAGUGUUGGUGGCGAUCGCGAUGAUCAGGACUCUCGCGACAUUCGACCAGGAAGUUUGCAUGUUGAGUUACAUUGUUUCACAGACGAAAGGUUUCUGGAAGUCUUGGCGGAUUACGAAUCAGGAAAAAUGAAGGAACGCUUGCAGGAUGAACUUUUACUGGUUGGAAUUAAAGUGGAAGGACUGAAGGUGAAGAUUGAAAACAUGGAGGAGGUGAAUGAAACAAAGAAAGCUAUCAACAAGAGAUCUUAUAAAGGCGAAGAUCUUCACAAGAUGAUGAGGAAUAUCGACGUUAAUGCAGUGGCGAGUGGGGAAUUAAAAAAUGUUCCGGGAAAAAUAGAUAAUGCUGAUCAGACUGAACGUCACUACGACCUAAUUACCAAAGACAAGGACGAAGACUACAAAUCAGCAUUAGAGUCGUAUCGUAACGCUCUUGAACGCAGAUUAAGACUAUAUGCAGAAAAUCAUCCUGCAACAGCUUACACUUGGUACCAUAUUGGAAUUAUGCAACAUGAAAUGACAGAUUACGAGUCAGCUUUGGAAUCCAAGCAAAAGGCUCUUGAAAUCAGGUUAAGUUUAUAUGGAGAAGAUCAUCCUGAAACAGCCGACAGUUAUUACAGCAUUGGAAUCACGCAACAUGAGAUGAAGGAUUACAAAUCAGCAUUACAUUCGAAUAAAAGAGCUCUUGAAAUCAGGUUAAGAUUACAUGGAGAAGAUCAUCCUGACACAGCUGACAGUUAUUACAGCAUUGGAAUCACGCAACAUGAGAUGAAAGAUUACAAAUCAGGAUUACGUUCGAAUAAGAGAGCUCUUGAAAUCAGAUUAAGAUUAUAUGGAGAAGAUCAUCCUUACACAACUGACAGUUAUUACAAUAUAGGGAUCACACAACACAAGAUGAAAGAUUACAAGUUAGCAAUAGAGUCUUAUCAAAAAGCACUUGAAACCAGGUUAAAAUUAUACGGAGAAGAUCAUCCUGACAUAGCUGACAGUUAUUACAACAUUGGAAUCACACAACAUGCGAUGAAAGAUUACAAGUCAGCAUUAGAAUCGUAUCAAAAAGCUCUUGAAAUCAGGUUAAAAGUACACGGAGAAGAUCACCCCUUGACAGCUUCCAAUUAUCACACCAUUGGACUCAUACAGCAUGUCAUUAGAGAUUAUCAGUCAGCAUUAGUUUCAAAGCAAAAAGCUCUUGAAGUCAGAUUCAGACUAUAUGGAGAAGAUUGUUCUGACACAGCUGACAGUUAUUACAGCAUUGGCAUAACACAACAUGCUAUGAAAGAUUAUAAAUCAGCAUUGGAUUCAAAGGAAAGAGCUCUUGAAAUCAGACUAAGAUUAUACGGAGAAGAUCAUUCUGACACAGCUGACAGUUAUUAUGGCAUCGGAAUCACACAACAUGCGAUGAAAGAUUAUAAAUCAGCAUUAGAUUUGAAGAAAAAAGCUGUUGAAAUUAGAUUAAGACUAUACGGAAAUGAACAUCCUGAAACAGCUGACAGCUAUUACAGUGUUGGAAUCACACAACUUGCGAUGAAUGAUUACAAAUCAGCAUUAGAGUCGUAUCAAAAAGCUCUUGAAAUCAGAUUAUACGUCCAUGGAGAAAACCACCCCUUGACAGCUUCCAAUUAUCUCACCAUUGGAGUCAUUGAACAUUUGAGUAAAGAUUAUCAGUCAGCAUUAGAAUCGUAUGAAAAAGCUCUUGAAAUCAGACUAAGACUAUACGGAGAAGAUCAUCCUGCAACAGCUGACAGUUAUUACAACAUUGGAAUCACACAACAUGAGAUGAAAGAUUACAACUCGGCAUUGGAAUCGAAUAAAAAAACUCUUAAGACCAGAUUGAAACAUUAUGGAGAAGACCAUCCUGAUACAGCUGACAGUUAUUACAACAUUGGAAUCACGCAUCACGCAAUGAAAGAUUACAAAUCAGCAUUAGAGUCGUAUCGAAAAGCUCUUGAAACUAGAGUAGGAAUAUAUGGAGAAGACCAUCCUGACACAGCUGACAUUUACUACAACAUCGGAAUCACGCAACACGAGAUGAAAGAUUACAUAUCAGCAUCGCAUUCGAAUAAAAAAGCUCUUGAAAUCAGACUAAGAGUAUAUGGAGAUCAUACUGACACAGCUGACAGUUACUUUAACAAUGCAAUCACGCAAGAUGCGAUGAAAGAAUACAAAUUAGCAUUAGAGUCGUUCCAAAGAGCUCUUCAAAUUAGACAAACACUGUAUGGAGAAGCCCAUCCUAAGACAGCUGACUGUUAUAGUGGCAUUGGGGUCACGCAACAUAAGAUGAAAUAUUACGCGUCAGCAUUAGAGUCACAUCAAAAAGCUCUUACAAUCAGAAUAAAAUUACAUGGAGAAAACCAUCUUCAAACUGCUGACAGUUAUCACAACAUUGGGGCCUCACACUAUGAGAUUAAAGAUUACCCAUUAGCCUUAGAGUCGCAUCAAAAAGCUCUGCAGAUUAGAUUGAAACUGUAUGGAGAGGUCCAUCCAGGGACGGCGGACAGUUUUUUCAAAAUUGCAAUGACGCAAGAUAAAAUGAAUAAUUACAAGGCAUCGUCAGAAUCGGCUAAAAAGGCUCGGGAAAUCAGAUCAAAACUAAACCCAGAAGACCUAGAUGAAUCAGACGGAAACUAUUACACGUCAGCAGUAGAUUUACGGCAUAAAACCUGCGGAAUUGCAUUGCCAUUAUUCGAAGGAGAAGAACCGCACCUUGCUCACCGUUAUUACAAUAUUUAA